GUUACGUCAUCAACAUGCGCCGUCAGCGUUGACAUUCAGGCGCGUGCGGGAUGUUUUCAUGAGUUUUUGACCUUUACAUUGACGUUUGUCUUAAAGUAAAUCGGGGCACUACACCUCUUAAACGGCAUGUCCGUCAAGCAAGCAUCGGUCCAUGCUAAAUGGAUCAUUGGUCGGGUGAUCGGGACUAAGAUGAAGAAGACUGCAAAAGUUCGAGUUACCAGACUCGUGCUUGAUCCGUACCUGCUGAAGUUUUACAACAAAAGGAGGACCUACUUCGCACAUGAUGCUUUGGAGCAAUGCUCUAUUGGGGAUGUUGUUUUGUUGAAGGCCCUGCCAGAAAGAAGAUCCAAACACGUCAAGCACGAACUCUCAGAAAUUGUGUAUAAAGUUGGGCAGGUGGUCGACCCUCUCACAGGAAAAAGAGUUGCUGGACGGCAGUUUUUAGAGCCUCUUACAGAAAGCACAGAGGAUACGGAAGUGUCUUUAACUGAAAAGUUGGCACAGUUGAACAUUACUGCCUCUGCAUCUCCCCCGUCCUCAUAGUGUAGUGUUUCUUCAUUGAUUUAUGUACAUUUACUGUCUUGAUUUUCACAUAUAAAGUUAUUAUACUACCUAC